CUGCAAAGUCUCUCCUCCGGUCUUUGGCGCGGAAAUUAGCAUAACAUGUUGGAAAAACUUCGAUUAGAAUUCAGAUUUUUAGAAAAAUCGAUAGAAAAUGGCGCAUAGAGCAGUAAUCCAUGGUGUGGUUCUGAAGGGGCUAUGGCCAACAUCCGUUAAUCGUACUUCCUUUCGCCAGCAGAAUUAUCAAACACCCAUUUUGCGUUCGAGAUGUGAGUGUAAGAUCAUUACGAACAUUAAAGAUUUCUGCUCAGAAAGACGUAUUGAUCUUGAUCGCCAUUUUAAUUGUUUAAAUAAUGAAAAUAUAUCGUCGUCGUCGUCAAUGGUUAGUGAGAAUACUCAGGAACCGCCUCAAGAAACUGAUCUCGAGAUUAUUUCAGACCGUUCGCGGACCAAAGGUAGAGCUGGACAAACCACAAAUAUGAUUUUUGGAGAUACGGUAAUUGAUGGCUCGAGCGGUGAGUGGCUCACUCUUAGCCAAAAGUUAGACACUUACCCAAGUGUCCGACGGUUUACAGCAAUUGGUAUUGGAGGCAAUGAUUUUGUGCAAUCUAUGAUACUUGCUGUGGAGUCGGUCAUUCAACAUCCAGUUCAACAGGAGCAUGUGAAGCAGAGAGUGUCAUCAGGAGGAAAAUAUGUUUCAGUUAGUAUUGGACCCAUUCAAGUCGUUUCUAGAGAACAGGUUCGAGCGGUAUACAAUGCUAUGAGGGGUGAUGACCGGAUUAAAUUCUUUUUGUAGCUUAAAAAUCUUAAAAAUAAUGUAUGUAUAAAACUAUUUAAAAUUAUAUACAAAUAAAGAUAAACUCUAAAACUACAAAAUACGAAACGAUGGAGAAUGGAUGUCAUAUAUAAGACGGAUAAGAGAUUGCGGCAAAGUUUUCCUUGUAUUUUCACCCAAAAUGUUAACAUUUCCAUAUUUGUCAUAAAAUGCUACAAAGACUUAAAUUGCUUGAUUAUGAGGCAAAACUAGCAUUUUGCAUGUGUCCAAAGGCUUACUUCAUUCGGCAUCAAGUGUUCUUAAUGUCCUUAUAAUUAGA